AUGGGCAGCGAAGGGGAGCGGGGGCCGGGAGACCCCCGGGGGCUGCGGAGGGACUGUCUGCACCGGAUCUUUGUGAACCGGAGCCUGGCACUGGAGAAGAUCAAAUGCUUUGGCUUUGACAUGGAUUACACCUUGGCCAUGUACAAGUCCCCUGACUAUGAGGAGUUGGCCUUUGCGCUGCUGCUGCAGCACCUCGUGUCCAUCGGGUACCCCCCCGAGAUCCUCGCCUACAAAUACGACCCCACGUUCCCCACACGGGGGCUGGUGUUCGAUGCCCUGUAUGGGAACCUGCUGAAGGUGGAUUCUCACGGGAACCUGCUGGUCUGUGCCCAUGGCUUCCGCUUCCUCAAGGGGGCUGAAAUCCUGCACUAUUACCCCAACAAGUUCAUCCAGAGGGAUGACAUGAAGCGUUUCCACAUCCUCAACACCCUCUUCAACCUCACAGAAGCCCAUCUCUAUGCCUGCCUCGUGGACUUCUUCACCAACUGCUCCAGAUACACCAACUGCGACACCGGCUACAAGCACGGGAACCUCUUCAUGUCCUUCCGCAGCAUGUUCCAGGACGUGCGGGAGGCCAUGGACCACGUCCACCUCUCGGGCUGCCUGAAGGAGAAGACCCUGGAGAACCUGGAGAAAUACGUGGUGAAGGAUCCCCGUGUGCCGCUGCUGCUGAGCCGCAUGAAGGAGGUGGGGAAGGUUUUCCUGGCUACCAACAGCGACUACAACUACACCGAUGCCAUCAUGUCCUACCUGUUCGACUUCAGUGAUGGGGACAAGGCUGGGACCCCGCAGCGCCCCUGGAGGUCCUAUUUCGAUCUGAUCGUGGUGGACACCCGCAAACCGCUCUUCUUUGCCGAGGGCACCGUCCUGCGCCAAGUGAACACGGACACGGGGAAGCUGCGCAUCGGGACGUACACGGGGCCCCUCCAGCACUGCACUGUGUACUCCGGGGGCUCCUCGGACGUGGUGUGUGACCUGCUGGGCGUGAAGGGCAAGGAAAUCCUCUACAUGGGCGACCACAUCUUUGGGGACAUCCUCAAGUCCAAGAAGCGUCAGGGCUGGAGAACCUUCCUGGUGGUGCCUGAGCUGGUGCGGGAGCUGCAGGUCUGGACAGAGAAGAGCGAGCUCUUUGAGGAGCUGCGGAGCCUGGAUCUGUUCCUGGCGGAGCUGUACCAGCACUUGGACAGCGGCAGCAGCGAGCGCCCGGACAUCAGCUCCAUCAAGCGCCGGAUCCAGAAAGUCACGCAUGAGAUGGACAUGUGCUAUGGGAAGAUGGGCAGCCUGUUCCGCUGCGGCUCGCGCCAGACGCUGUUUGCCAACCAGCUGAUGCGCUAUGCAGACCUCUAUGCUGCCUCCUUCAUCAACUUCCUCUACUACCCAUUCAGUUACCUCUUCCGGGCCCCCCCAGUCCUGAUGGCUCACGAGUCCACGGUGGAGCACGGCCGUGGGGAUGCAGGUGAUGCUGGCACAGCCCUGGCACCGUGGCUGGCCCAGCACGGCCACCCCAGCCCGCAGGUUGCUGCUGUACCCCAGGACUCCAGCGGGGAGGAGGAGGAGGAUGAUGGAGAAGCCUGAUGCUGACCCUCAGGAAGGGGUUCGAUGGCCUCUGGGCACCCCAGCUCCUCCCAUCACUGGGAGCGCUGCUGGGGGUGUCUCUGGACCCCCCUGCACCAUCGGUGCUCCUGCAGCACCUCCAGCAUCAGAGGAUGCUCAAGCAUUGAGGGCUCUGCAGGCGGCUGCUGCUCCCCAGGGUUCCCUUCACCUGCCCUGGCUCUCCUCUGCCUCUGCCCUUCCCUAUUUAUGAGAUACUCAAACUCCUGCACAACAGAGAUGUAGAAUUGGCUGUUCUGAAGGAAAACGCAGGCGAGUGAAGCCCCUGGCUGAGGGUGGCAGCUCAGAGGGCAGUGAUGCCCAUCA